AGUCUCGAUAAUCUUCACAAGAUGCAUCGUAAAAUAUUGACAAAUGCUGGCUGUAUAGACAAGUUUGUUGCAUAUGAAAAAUACGUUCAAGAUCUUAAUGAUGUUCUCCUUAAUGGCAUAAAGUUUUUCAAAGAAUCAGAAACUGAAUUGAAAACGUCUUAUGAACGAAAAAUUGAAGAAUUGUCAAAAGAACUUAAGGGUUAUAAAGAAUCAAGUUUUGACUCAGAUUACCUCAAACAGAUGAAAAAUUUAUUGGUUUUUGAUGAUUCUAAAGCAUUGGAGAUUUUUCAAACAUCUCCUGAUGAAGCUUUAUCUGAGUUAAGAAACCAAAUUCGAAGAUCGGAAACAAUAUCAUUAACUAACAAAAACCUUGAAAAUAAAAUUGCUGAUCUAACUGCUGAGUUAAAUUUACUUCGAUCGCAACAAAUUGAAAGCUUUAACAAUACAGUUGAAACUAUUAACAAUCGCUCACGCGAUCUUGAUGCUUUUGGUGAUUCUAUAAGCAUAAUUGAAAAACUUGAAUCAAAAUCUAAAGAAGACUAUGAGAAGAUUAAUCGAAUUGAAAAAAAAGUGUACGAGACUCAGAAGAUGUUUCGCAAGUACUUAAAAUAUCUACACAAGUAUAUAUCUGACGUUGUUUCAGAGAGAAAAAAAGAUGCUUGUUCAAAACUCUUAAACAAAAAGUCGAAAGACCAAACUGUUGACACAGGCGACUCAUCUGAAAAUUCCCUGAAAACACAUCAUCACAGAAGAAACUUGGAUCCAUUUAUCGAAUAUCAAAAACAUCAGCAAGAUGAGAAAAAUCAUUUUGAGAAACUCUUGGAAUUGACAAGCAAUCUGAGAAAUAUAAAUCUCAAUGAAAUUGAUCAAAUUUGA